GGGAGAUCCGUGCAAAGAGACGGGGAUUUCUUGACGAGACGAGACAUGAUUUAAGCUUCUGACAGCACUGCAGGUUCACCGUAGAAGCACUGUCGACAACCUAAAGUUACACUAGUCGCUCGGCAUAACGUUACACAACGGCCAGUCGGUGUCACUCUGUGUCUGUAGCCUCUGAACAACAAACUCCGGCUCGUGCUCGCUUCCUCGCAGCGGUUGGGACUACAAACUGCCUGUGACGUCAUCCCUCGCCCGUUUUUCGACGAACACUUUUGGCGGUGAAACUCACAGAGAUGGCUCCAAUCAAAUUUGUCAUUAAGUGUGGGAACUUUGCUGUGCUGGUGGAUCUCCACGUUCUGCCCCUGGGCAGCCAAGAGGACGCCAGCUGGUUUACUACGGACCACAUCGAGGAAGUUACAGCCCUGGUUCGAGAUGCUGUGGACCAGAGGGUUAAGCAGUACACAGAGUCCCUCCAUGUUAAAAGACAGCCCAAACAGAAGAAGGAGCUGGCACCUGCUUCAGCCUUUUUUGUGAAAGGGAAAAGCUUCAACCUAGUUGCCAAUUUUCUAAAGCGUCAUGUCAACCUCAGAUGUAUUGCCAAGAAGCUCUACGGAGAUUUGCGUGUGUUUCCUGAACGCUAUGUUGUGUGUGUGAGCUGUCCAGAGGAUGCCUCAGCACACCAUGGAAACCCGAGCCUGGCCGCGACUGAGCUGAACGAACAAAGCAGAUCGGAAUAUUUUUCCAGAGCUGGAGAAACCCAAGAGCCUUUAAACAGCCUCACAAAAACAAAGAAGACUGUGCUUCAAAAGAUAGCCAAACAAGCUCGUGUCCAGCGAGACCGCUAUGGGUCCAGUACGGGGGAGCUGCGGAUUGACCAGAGAGCCUGCCUCAAGAACCAAACACGGGGACUUACAGCUGGCGAGUCAGAAUCAAGCCCAAUAUCGACCAGCUCUGGACAGAAGGCCUUCCCAGAGGCAGACCACAAGGUGCAUUUCACUAAUGCCUCAAAUGAAGCUGUGGUUCAGAUUGUGACUACUCGAAAGCAGGGUCUGACCCUGGAGCAGCAGACUGAGAGUAGCCCUCCAGACAGCAUCCACCCAAAUGGGGCCUCUGUAGUUUUAUGCCAACAUGAAAUCAGUCAGGAGGAGCACAGCAAGAGCAAGAGGUGCAAGUCGAGCGAUGUAGGGGAAGACCCUCACCCACAGAGGGCCAAGAGGACGUGCCUUGGAAGACCUCCAGCCACAACGCAAACUCACUCCACCGAGUGCUCCACACAAACAUCCAAGCAUGACCUUCUUCCUCUGCCGCCCCUUCCUCCAGUCGAAGCCAAGGCAGAGUCCAAGGCUUUCCCAGUCUCCGAGUGCAAGAAAACCACACUGGAAGUAGAGCUGCUUACUCUAGGGAAACGGGCCCAGAGGCUCCCCCUCACAAGCAAUAACACGGCACAGACAAACCAAAACAGGCUGGCCGCAAGUCUGAGGGGCCUAUCUGUCAAGCCUGCAUCCUCAGGCUCCUCUAUUAGUUCCAGAUCCACACUCGAAGAGGAGGGGAGUGAAAAUGUGCCCAGAACCUCUAGAUUACGACGACUGAAGAGGUCCUGAGGGGGAGAGACAAGCUACAGUAAAGAUGCCUGACGCCACAGAGAUAGAGAUGAUAUUGUGUCAGGCUACAUGUUUACCCCAUGCAGUCUCCUCAGAUGUCAUGAAUUUGUACCAGUGUCACAUUUUACUUCAGUAUCUAUUCUUUUCACAUGUGUUGUAUAUACAGUGCGCACACACACACACACACACACACACACACACACACACACAGAUCAAAUGCUAAACAUAUUAUGGCAAUUGAUACAUGAGUGUUUGAGUUACACUUUGUCAAAUACUUGAAACAGACUUUGCCUCCACCCAUAAGUAGUGGUGGUCAAGAGAGGCUCGCAAAUGAAAGUCAAAAACCUUUAAUUGGAGUUUAGAUUUGGUUUUGUGUUAAAGAUUGGGGAUUUCAGACAGGCAGGAGCCAUGCAGUACGUCAUGGCUUUCAGUCUGAAAUACUGGCUCCUACGUGUCUGAAAACUGUCCAGUUUCCCCACUGAAGCUCUGCUGUGAUUGAUUGCUGUUUCCAGAUUUAUUUCAUCACCCCAUUCUCAAAAAUGUACUGUUGUAGUUAGAUUUCAUUCAUAUACAAUUUGCUCAAUACUUAGUUGCUAAGCACCUGAAAUGUAUAUUUAAAUUUGAGGGUAUUAUGGAGCUUUUAUUAUUGAAUUUGAACCAAAAAUGUGUGGGUGUAUGGGCAGUAUUGAAAUAUUAGUGGUUUUCUUUGGAAAUAGCAGGACAUCUACAGUAUCACAGGUUAAAAUGUAGCUGCUGUCGUCACUCCUGCCCUUGCCAAGAGAGAGCAUGGGGCAAUUACAGUCACUCAUACCUGCGUGUAAAGCCCAAGACGUUCCACUUGAUAACAUGAUGUUGCCUUAUUUUAGCUGGAAAGACAUUUUAUGAUAUAAAUAAAUUUGUUUUUCCUAAGAAAAAAAAUGGGGAUUUUUGUGGAAAUGCAAAUAGGCUGAUAACUUCGGGAAGCAGCCAGCAUGAAAUAACAUGUAGAUCUCUGCUAUUGUUUUGCUCACACAGUCAAGCCUGGCCGAUGCUCAUGGCAGUUUGACAGUGGAAGUCUGUCCAACAACAUUGAUGUUACCAGUAAACCAGUCCUUCCCCGUUCCCAUUCUCUGUCAGUAUUAGCUGAUUGUUAUCAAGACGGAGACAAUAUGGUGGAUUAGUGAAAGUGACCUUACUGUUUUAAGUCCCAGUAUGUUUAAGGUAACUCUCAAGAGGUGUUGAUAAUCUCUUGUUUUGGCUUUAAUCCUUUCAAAACAGGAUUCUGCAGAGGAGCAAGUCUUAAAAUCAGCUCAACUCUACAACUUAGGCUUCUCAGGCUUGGUUUGAAAGGUUUUAGUUAAGCCUGCUUCUUAAACCAGACCAACAAGGGCAACAUUGUCUGAGGAUCAUGAGGAGUGAGGAUAUUUUUGUCUCCAGGAUUGACUUAAUACGACGAUGGCUUGCUACAACGUAAUUAGCUGUAAACACAUUUGGACAGAGACCUUGCUCAAGUCUAUGAUGUCUCUCCAGCAGCCGUUCCCACGCCAGCUGCAUGAGAAACCUUUCAUAUGCUCUGACAUGUUUGGCUUGAUGCAUCACAGACAGACUCCUCACUCGCUCUCCAGAACAAAGACAACUUUAAUUCUCUUUUCAUACAAAAUAUUUAAUAAAUAUGACUUUCAAAAAUAUAUUGCCAGAUCAACACAUAAUUCUCAAGUUCAUAACACAAAGUCAAAAAUAGGACAAAAUGUUGCCAUGAUCUCAAAGGGUUAACAAAUGAGAUAAAACAUGUUUGUCUUUAAGAGCCUCAUUUUUAAAAAGAAACAAAUGUGCACAGAAACAAAGCAGAUUCUUGCCGAGCAAGGCAGUGUUUUCAUCUGAUUCUACAGUGUUCCCAUUGCCCCCCUACUGUUCAAGUACUCAUGGUCUAGCUUAUGAUAUUACGCUGACUAAAGCAGAUGGGAAUUCUGGCGUGUCAUAUUGAUGUGACUUGCCUUGCAAGUUGGUGGAUUUUGACAGCCUUUUGAAAUGUGUCAAUGGGUUAAACUGAAGCUGCUGAAGGAUUUUUGUUCCCUUAAGUAUUAAUCCAUUAGUGGCAAGCAAUAUGUCUGCCACCAUGUCCAUUCCUUGCAGCAGCCGUGAUCAUUUGUUGUCCUAACCUCACUUGCCUUCAAUCAAGGUCCUGGCAACAAAUAAUGAAAUGUCAAAUGUGUGGAAAAACAAAAGAAAAAAGUCUUUCUUUCAGGCAAAAAGUGCCUAUCCUUUGUCUUCUUUGAAAUUUGGCUUUUACAAAAUGCGUUGAAAAAAAAAAUUAAGUCAUUGAAAGAAAUGGUAGGCUUCCACAGCUAUCAAAACCUUCAAACUAGACAGAACAUAUAAAUAAAAAGGAAUGAUAUCUUAAGGCUCUUGAUUAUUAAGUUAAUAAAUCAAAUAUACACAAUGAUUAAUAAAAAAAUGUACAUAUCUACAUGUUCUAAAUCGACACAUAAAUUCUUCAUAUUGGCAGCAACUGCUGACAUUGAACCCUUCCCUCCCCCUCCCCCAGCCCCCCCAAAAUAAAAAUAAAUAAUAAAGUUGAUCUUUUUUUUUCUCAUUUGACAGUUGCUGAAGUCUAAAGCGGAAAAGGCACUUUCUCCAAACAGAACUAGAAAGAAUUCAAACACGUACUAAAAAUAAUUAGCUCUAGUGUUGAACACGUCGGGUAGUUUUAGUCAUUGUACAACAAUUACAUCAGGAGCCCCUUCUAUGUGUCCACUCAAUUUAAAAAAAAAAAAAAAAAAAGGGAAAUGAAAUGCAGAGGAGGACACUUUUGCAAACUAGUUCUACAGUGAAA